AAAAGAAGAGCUAUACUUAUUUUAAAUGAUAUUGGUACUCAGCCAGUGUUUGAGUGGAAAUUCUGUUACAUUGCUGUUUUUCAAGUUAAAGAAUUUCAAUUUAAUUCACAUAAAAGUAUGUGAUAUAAAAUUCUAGGAUAGCACCAAUCAUGUAAAUGGUGCUGUCUUUUGUAAAUUUUCUAAAAUUUUAAUUAUUUAUUUGUAUAAAUUUACUAAGAAUUGAUGGAACAAUAAAAUUUUAUCAGUUCAAUGCUUAAAAAAUCUAACAAAACUGUGCCUCUUUAAAAAUAAAAUUUCUCAAAUUUUUGAGAAAAUUUGUUCAAAAACUGCACUUAAACAAGAGAAAGUGCAAGUCUGGUAGAAUGGGAAGCUGUGUUUCUCAUUGUUCCCGCCAAGAUGUUGUCCAUCAACAAACUGGCAGAGUUAUCACUGAUGUGCAGAAAUCCAUUGAAAUUUCUCCAGGUUCAUCUUUACUGCAGAAAACUUUUGCUGAAUUACGAGACGUUAAGGAUUCAGCAAGUGAAGAUAAAGAGAGUAAAAAUACAUUGGCAUCUGUGGCUCCGGAAUCAAAUGAUGUAAGAGUUCAAAUAAAUAAUGAAAUUAGAGCUCUUCGGGAGCAACUGGUACGAAGUCAAGUUGUGUUCACCUACCUGUUGAAAAAUGAAGAAAACCGAUCAAAAAGUUGUGAUGGGAAAAAUGAAAUUCGAAGUCUUCUUGAUGGAGGAAAUCUAUCUGAAAUAUUUCAUUGUAAGAGUUUUGAUGGUCAAGUGCUAGCUCGCUUUUAUAAUAGAUCAAAUAGGAGUAGCAGCUCUUACACUAGCCAUAGGUCAACACCUAUGCAUUGUGGUUACACAUCUAUUUCUUGUCCGACUUUGCCUAUUGACUCUCCUGUUGUUACAAAAUCAACACAAACUGAACCUGUCUCUGGUGUCUUUAUUGAUCAGGCUCAAUCUGAACAGAACAUUUUAAUUAACUCUAUUACUAAAAGAACUUCUUCACCACCAUCCACUCCAUGCGGGACAGUUUCUGAGACAUUUUUGCUUUCAGAUAUUUGUGAAAUCCAUAAAGAGCCUGAAGAUCACUCAUUCCCUCGUCAUCGAACAAAUAGUUUCCUCGCUGCUGUUAAAGAUGGCAACCCUAAACUAGUGAAUGCUGAAUUUAAUUUUCACUCAGACAUGAAACAAAUUCCCAGUGAAACAAAUGACUGCGUUCAAAAGCGAAAUGAGGUUUCACAUUUCCUUCUUUUUAAUCAAAGUUCAUCUAAUAAUAUACCAUCCUCCUCUAAGAUAUAUGAUUUAGAAGGGAAAAGUAUGACAGAUGAAACAAAAGAAUGCACCUUUCCCCGAAAAUUGUCUGUACUCUUAGAAGAGGAUUUUGAAGAUUCUCCUAGAAACUACUCAUAUUUUUCAGUCUGCAGUUCUCAGCCAUAUUUGAAUAAAAGGAGAAAAAUGCCUCACUCUUGUGAUGUAAAAACACAAACUGAUUUAUCUAUAUCUGAAGAACCGCCCCGUUCAAAAAGCCCUGCAAAUCUGCCCAUUACAGAAGUUUACUACCCAAGGCAUGGUUUUACUCUUGUAUCUCAAGCAGUGCAGAAAAAAACUGUUCAUUCUAUGGAGUUACCAAAAAAAUUGGUUUUGAGAUAUCCUCCACCAUAUAUGCAGAAAAAUAUCAGACAUAGUUAUGCAAGCAGUAACUUCAGGCAUCAUCCUCUGCAUCACAAGUGGGCCACUGUUUCUGAUUCUUUGCCUAGUAAAAGUGAAUAUUCAUUGUCACAUUUGCAAGAUAAUUCCAAACUUCAAACUAGACAUCUUUCACUUGAAAAACAAGAAUCUUUUUCAUCAUAUGAACAUGCAUCUUGUGUUGAUAGUAGAAUGUCUUCUACUACAGACUGUUCAGGCUGGAUGACAAAGUCGGAUGUCGACUUGAAUCUUAAAAUUGAACCUCCAAGCUAUCAACAAUCUUUGUUAGCAUCUCAAGGUGGCCAUAAAAAUAGAUUAGAAACUGUUUCAUCUGAAACAAAGUCACCUACAGGAAGAGAAGAGAAAAUACCACCUAGGCCAAAUGUUCUUGAAAGAGCUAAAUCUGAUAGUGAUGCAAAACUUAUUGAUGAUAAAAGCAUCAAAAAUUUCAAAUGCUCUCAACGAAGUUUUCGUAGAAGUUCUGGAACAGGCUCUCCAAACUCUCAGUUGCCUCGAUACCCAGCAUUUGAUUUCAGUGAACAAGAAGAUAUUCAUUCUCUUCUUCCUUCUCCAUCUGAACCAGAAGCAACUAUGAAACGUGAAGCACAAAGUACCCAUAAAUCGGAUGAUUAUCAACACAACAGAUUACAUCUUAAAAAUUCUAGCAAUAAGAAGCAGGAUUCAAACAAAUCUAAAACCUUAAUGCCUGAGCUGAUGGAAAACUCUGAGACUGAAUCAACAAAAGGCAGCUUUGAAUGUGAAGCCCUUGAUAUUCCACCAUAUUCAGAUAUUAAUUCUCUUCCUGUACCUGAUAUUGCAUUUCCCAGUUUGCCAAAUACUUUUCUUGCUAAGCUAGGAGUUCAUAAAGAUAGUCCAUUGCCGGUUGAAGCAUUUGAUGAACAGGAGCUUGAGAGUAAAUUCAUUGCAUUGUCACUAGCAUUCAAAACAGAUCGUCCAACUUUAAGCAAAAGAUUAGAGCUUCAUAAACGUCAAAGAGACAUGGCAGAAAAGAAUGUUGAAAAUGAAUUCCAAGCUAUGCGUGAUCACCUAAUGACAUUGAACUUGAAAGCAACCAGUUCUGAUGUUCGUGAUCUUAUUACUAAAAUCCAAAAUCAUUUGGAUAUAGCCCAACAAGCUACUUCUAGAGUCUCAGGACGCUCUGAAACUUAUGGUGCUGUUCAGCAGGAAGAGCGUGUUAGUAGAGCAUUUGAAGUAUUAGUUCUACACGUGGAUCAUUUAAAACGUUUAUUUGACAAAGAACACAAAGAAUUGGAAGAAACUAGGAAAAUGUUAACUGAUACUAGAAUAUUUAGAAAAGAUGUUAAUUCUGAUGUUAUCCCUGAAGAUCAAAAGAAAUACUCUAAAACGUUUGGCUUACCUGUUGGUUCUAUAAAAUCUGUUGGAAGACGAAGAGCUAGUGUUGCAGAAUUUCAGCAGCGUUCUUUUUUAGAUAAUUGUAAGACACCAGGUUUUAGUCAAAGCUGGACAUCUGGUUUAACCAUGAGAAAGGUGGAAACAAAGCAACAAGUGCCCUCUUAUUCAGCAGUUAGCACAGUAGAUGUAAAUAGUGUUGUUCCUGACAAUGAUUCUUCUCCUAAUAGAACUCAUACUUCAGAAAUCAAUGUUAGGCGUUGUUCCCUACCUUCGGCUAGUCCUAAUAUACAAACAUCGCCUAAGGAAUCUACACCUGUUUCUUUUCCUAAAAAUUUGUCCGUUAAGCCAGAAAGAAAUAUUUGGACUAGAAAACUUUCCGCUGUGACUGAUGAAAAAGAGCAAUCCGAAGAUGAGGCUCCAAAAUCUGAUGAAGCACUCAGUAAACAACAUCAUGAAUCAGUGCAGUUUUUACUACAAGUGCAAAAGAAUACUCUUUAUCAAAUGAAAGAUGAAUCUCCUCUUGAAUUAGUAGAUUUAUCUGAUGAUUCUUCAGAAGAAGUCUCUUAUGCUGGGAAUAUAGUUAACAUUAUCAAAAAUUCAGAAAUUGGAAAAUAUCUCAACUCUUCAAAUGCAUUGUGGCAGCAGAACAAUACAUGGACUCUUAUGCGAUAUUUUUGUAGUGGUAUUUUAUUGUUUGUUUCUCUCUGCAUUUUAAUUUCUAUGAUUUUGUCUUGGGGAGGUAUUUAUCUAAGUUUCAUUAUGGAUUUCUGUUUCACUUUAAUAACAUAUAUAAUUUAUUGAACAAAAAUUUUCUUAUCAAAUUCCCCUCUUUUUAUACCCGGGACCAUAGUCAGAAUUUCUAUUCCAAGGGGGAACGUCAACUCUUUGCAAGUACUAUACUCAUUUAUUAAUUUAGUGAUUUAAAGAUUUUCUGAUUCAGCAGUUUGUGGAAGAUUUGAACAUGUUCAAAAGCACGUGUCCAAAUUAAACUUAAUUUGGAAAUCUUUUCAUUCUACUUAGGGGGGGGGGGGUUCACACUUACCAGCCCCCUUGGUUAUGGGCUUGAUUAUGCCUUUUUUUUUUAAAAUAAAAUAUAGGAAAUUUAUCACAUAGCAUUAUACUUUUGCUCAUAUAAUUCUCUUUAAUUUUAUUCUAAUUAUAUUUAAAAUGGUUUAAGAGGUAUUGACCAUAAAGAAUUACCUGAUAAAUACAAGAAAUUAUUUAUAUGAAGUGAUUUCCUAUAUUUAUUCUCAUUGUGUUUUUACUGAUAUCAGUCUCAAAAUUCUAUGAGGUCAUAACAGCAAGUAAAAUACCCUAUCAGUCUAGUAGGUACUUUAUUUAGUGGGUGCUUGAAUCUAUUAGAUUCUUCACUCUUUUAAAAAAAAUAAAAGCUCAUGAAAGUGUGAUAUUUGCGUCCCUUGCAUUUAUGCAAUUUAUUUUUCUUUAAAAGAGUUUUCUUUUUUUAAGCUUUUAGCGUUUUCCAAUUACGCAUUUUAAAAACAUUAAGUUUAUUGUGAUUAACCAUUUAUCUUUGUGAAAAAUAUAACUUCUGUCCCCUAUCCUUAACUUUAGAUAUUAAAAAUAAAUUUUAAAUGUAAGUGCAAAGUAUAUUAAAAAUAUUUUGCCUAUAUUUUGUUGUUUAAUGUGAAGGUUGCAGAAAUGCUGUCCCUUAGACUGUUUCAGUCCUUCAUUUUUAAUAUUAUUAUAUAAUCCUCUAAAGUGCUACAUAAUGAACCAGAUAAUAAGAAUAAAUCAUACUGUUACUUCUACUUCUGUCACUAUCCUUUUAAAAGUAUGUUAUGUUAAGGACAAAAAUGAUUAUCAAAGUGACUAUAAUAUUUGCUAAUGAUUUUCAUUAUUCUCUUCACAUAAUAUAUUUUCAAAAUAAAAAUAUUUUUAGGUAAUGAGUAAAAUUGAAAAUAUUGAAUAAUUUAUUUAUUUAAUUUUUUUUUAUCAAAACACUUAAUUUGUAGUAUGGGAGUAUUAUAUUUAUUUCUAUCUAUGCAUGUGCUGAGGUAUCUGAGUAGUUUUACAUGCAUUACAACAGAUAUGUCUGAUGUAUAUGUUUCAGUUUACACCACAGAUAUCAAGUUCUACUACUUACUUUCGUAUUGAUAAGAUGAAUGUUUGACUAUGUAUAUAAGGAUACCUGGUAUCUAAGACUUUUUAAAAAAUUAACCAAGAUAAACUGCUCUAAAUUUUAGCAUUAGAUUUAAAACAAGAUUUUAUUUGCCUUCAGAGCCAGAAAAAAAAGGUUCAUGUAAAUUAAGUUAUAUAAAACAACUGUUGCACCAUCAUGCUUUGUAUCAGCCAGAAUUUUGAGUUAGAAUCUUUUGAAACAACUACUUGCUUUUUAAAAACAAAAAUUUCCAAUGUGUUUCUAUUAGUGUUUAGUAAAAAUAGCCUUAAAAUGGCAAAAUGAAUUGAAAUUAAUUGCUUUCUGAGUUCAUUUUUAUUAUUAGGUAUCCUAUCUUGUAGCAAUCUUUACUGUCCCUUAAUCAUGAAAUAGUAAAAAAUUAAAAAUAUGUAUAUGGAACACAAAAGUUUAAAAUUUACUUGAAAAAUUUCUGUGCUAUUUAUGUAAAAUCCUGGUAUAAAUUAUGAGUAAACUAAGUUAGUUUAAUAUAUUUUUUUGGGGGAAAAAUUUACAUUUUUAAAUAAAACAAGCAAUUCUCUCUGUCUUUGAUGUAAAAUUUUGUUGUUAUAACAUUUUAAUAGGUAAAUUUUUGAGCAAAAAUUUUUAAAAUUCAACUGCUGACUGUUUUUACGUUAUUUAAUUUUAUUUUGAAAGAAUUUAUACAACAAAUAAAGAAGAAAUACUCAAGGGUAACCAAAGGUAGUGAUGUUUUGCUUUGUCUCAAUUAGUAUAAAAAUUAAUUGCUUUAUCAAACAUAUGUAUAGUGCAUACUGAAGUAUGUUUCCAGAUAGUCAAUAAUUUGUAGAUUAAUUUUAUUAAUAACUGGUAUUUAAUAAAUAUUUUGUAAAUCA